UGUAUUUAUGACGGAUUGCCAUGCGUUGAAUAAUAUGGGAGUAUAUCAUGCCCACGUUUUGUAAUGAAUGUCAGAAAAAGGAAUGAUAUGACAUGGAAAUUGAAGCUCCCAUAACAUUAUUCUACUUUGCGGUUUUUAUGCAGAUGUUGGUAACAUACACGAUAGAUACUACUACCUUAGACUCUGAAUUUUGUGGGAUAUCUAAAGUAACAAAAAGAGUUGUGGAUCUGUGUCCAACAGAUAAGGAAUCUUGGUCGAGGGCUGCUAAGCAGUUUAAUUGUUCACAAUUUGAAGGGAAAUGUACACAAACUUUAGAAUAUCAUUGUCUUAUCAAUCCUUGGCAAAAUGUGACGGCAGAAGUAUGUGCUCCACCUACACGCAUCCGUUCAGGUCACUGUGCAGAAUACAAUGCAAGGGGAGGUAAAAUCCAGGAAUUUUAUAUACCAAACUGUGAGUCAUGUGCCAGGGAUUACAUGUCGACAGAAGCAUACAAAUACCAAGAAUGUUAUGACCUAGUUUAUCGUCAAAAAGAAAAUCUACAGCAGAGAAAAGGGAAUAAAGCAGAAACACACCAGCGAACUCUUAACAAGCAACAGGAGACACGAUUUCGACCUAGUGCGGAAUCAUUUGGCGAUUCCAGUGACGGAAGCAGAGUCAGAAGCAGUAGAGGCAUCUACCUUCGUGUUUUCUUUCUAUGUUUAAUGAUUGUUCUUAAAAGUGGAGCAUUGUUAUCUUAAUUGUAGAUAAAUUGGAAAUAUUUUAUUAUUAUUUGAGACUUAUUUUAAAGAUAAUUUAAAAAUAAUUUUUAGCAUGUAGGACAUGUUUGUAAAGCUAACACCUUUCAAAUUAUUUUUUUAAGAUCUUUUUCUCAAUGGUCACGAAAAUGAUCAUUGACAUCUUAAAUGUUUCUUUGGGUAAACUGAAUAUCAGAAGUUUUAUUGUCUUUCCAAAUUCCUCAUUCAUGGUGUCAACACUACAAUGAUAAUACACGAAUAUGGCCCUGAGUUUUACUUCUGAUGGUAAAUGAUAUUUCCAUUUAAAAAAAUCAUCGUCAUCAAGUACCAUCUAACUCACAUAUAGAAAUUGUCAUUGUGCAUUUAAGCAUAUUUGGAAAAGUUUGUGCAAAACCAAUUUUCUAAUAAACGUAUGUUAUACACUUUUUA